UCAUCACACAAAAAUCAAAAUCCACUGGCUUUUCUGUUCCAGAUGUCAAUUAAUUUUCAUUCUCAAAACAAUCGAAAACGCCAAUAGAUCUCCUCUGAUCCAGCAGCAUUUACUGAAGUCAAAGUUUCACUUUGAAAAAAAUCUUCUAUAAAAGUACAACUUACAUAUAUUGUCAUGGCAACAAGUCAACUCGGCUCAGGAGCAGAGGUUGAUACUGUAGAUGUUCAUGCAGCUCGUCAACUCAUCCAAUCUGGACACCGUUAUCUUGAUGUUAGGACAGAAGAAGAAUUUAAGAAAGGGCAUGUACACAACUCUUUGAAUAUUCCCUAUAUGUUUAAUACUCCCCGAGGUAGGGUGAAGAAUCCAAAAUUUAUAGAACAGGUAUCUUCAGCAUGCGACAAGGAAGAAAAGCUAAUUGUGGGAUGUCAGAGUGGUGUGAGGUCCCUGUAUGCUACUACUGAUCUUCUUAAUGCUGAAUUCAAGCAUGUCAGCAACAUGGGAGGUGGGUAUCUGGCUUGGGUGGAGAAUGGAUUUGCUAUAAACAAACCACAAGAUGAGCUUUGAUUGCAGCAGUUUUGCUAGCUACCAAGAGGAGAUCAACUGUAAACAAUCAAUUUCUUAAAUUAACCACCUACGAAUAAAUUGUUCAUUAGAAUCAAACAUGUCUUUUCUCUAUUUGCCGAUCCAUGUGUGUAUUCUCCACUGCUCCGAGGCGGACCCACAUGAUC